AGGAGCCGUGGAGGGACUUCAACUGGAAAGAGAAAAUAGAUCUUCUGAACUUUAUAAAGAACUUCAAACCUUCAAGAGACAACGUGAAACAUUUGCACAUCCUGUUGUAUGGACCUGUGGGUGCGGGCAAGUCCAGUUUUAUCAACACUCUGACCACCGUCCUCCGACAGACUUCAGCCAUUCCUGCUCCAGUUAGUUCACAAAUGGACGAGUCCAAGAGCUUUACUAAUGAGUACAAAACGUACAAAAUCCGUAAAGAUCAGUCAGAUGAUUGUUUUCCGUUUGUGUUCACGGACACAAUGGGACUGGAGCCGCUCAAAGACCAGGGCAUUCACGUGGAGGACCUGGUUCUGAUUCUGAAAGGACACGUGAGGGACGGAUACAAGUUCAACGCUUCCUCUCCGCUGACAGACACAAACUCAAAGUUUUACAACCCAAGCCCUGCUCCAGAGGACAAGGUGCACCUUCUGGUUUGUGUGCUCCCUGCACACUCUCCAACCCUCCACUCCUCAGUCAUCGAGAAGAUACGAAGAAUGAGAAGUGUGGCCCGAGAUCUGAAUAUUCCUCAUGUGGCCGUUUUGACGCACUGUGAUCUCAUCAAUACAGAAGCCAAAGCGAACGUUCAAAAUAUCUUCCAUGUUAAAGAUAUUUUAGAUAAGAUAAGAGAAUAUGGGGCAGACGUGGGGUUUGAUGAGAACCACUUUUUCCCAGUGAGAAACUACUGCAUGAAAUACCACCAAGGAAAUGAAGGCAUGGACACACUGGUCCUGAGUACUCUCAAACACAUGCUCAACUACGCCGACAAUUUCAUUCACACUCUUUAAAGCCACAAUACGUAACCUUUUAUGGAUGGGUUUUUCGUGCGUAAAAACAUGCUGCCUUUCUGUGCGCUUGCAUCUCCACAAACCUCUCUCCUGCUUGAUUCCAUGGAAAUGUCCAGUGUUGGGAAGGUUACUUUUAAAAUGUAUUCCCCUACAGAUUACAGAUUACAUAUCCCAAAAUGUAGUUUGUAAUGUAAUCCAUUAAAUUACUUAAAGUGAGUAACAUAAUCUGAAUACUUUGGAUUACUUGAUUUGCUGUAGAGAAGGAGGAAACCUCAAAGGAAACCUCUGACUGCCUAAAUCAUCCCGAGUUUGCAGUGAACAUUUUAUAUGUGGAGAGCCAUCAAAGCAAAAUCCCGAUCCCUCGCUCCACCUUGGGUGCAAAUUUAAAAAGUCAACGCCAAAGCGAAAGGCACCAUCUGUUCAUCAAGAAACACCUUCCACUGCAAAGAGACCAAGACAUGAUGUUGCUGUAAAGUCGAACAAGAAAGUGCAGCUCAGUCUGUUUGUCUUCUGUACCUCUCACUUAACAAACGGGAUCCCACU